AUGCAGCUCCUACCAAGCAUCCUCGCCAUCACCCUCCUCUUCACAGCAGCCCAAGCCCAGAACAGGCUACCGGCCCCCAUCUGUCCAAAAUGGACAAAAGUCCACGGCAAAUACGCUUCGUGCGGCCAAUGCUCCCCCACCCUGGGGAGAUGCAUGGCGGGCGAUACCCCCUGGUCGAUGUGUCAUCCAGACACCCCGUGCAUUAGGGGGAAGUUGUUUUGCAAGACCGUGCGCGAUAUUCAAUGGUCGUACUGCUCGGUUGAUCCGUCGGAUAAUAGGACGCUGCUGAAUCCCUACCAAACGGACAAAAAUCCCUUCCGUGAAGUCCUUGGGAAAAGACGUCUGCCGGUCGAGUCCGAUGUGGAGGAAACUUUCGACUCCGAGGGGUUCGCUGAGGAGGAGGAGGAAGAUGAGGAGGAGGAGGAGCUGGUUGACUGA